UCUUUAGAACUGGAGUGGGAUGUGUGUAUGGGAAGUAGGCAAAUUAUAAAUGGCAGUGUCUGGAUUCAAACUCAUUUUGCUAUCACUCCAAAAUUAUGGCAGUCUUAUCUGAGGGUCUGGGAUUUGUUUUUCCUUUUAUCUUUCAGGGGAUGAACAAUCAAUACACCCGCCGAGAGGUCUUCUGCUGUGAAACUUGUCAUGAGCUCAAAAGCUUCUGGGAGAAAGAAAUUAGCAAACAGACUUGUUACCGAGAGCUGGAGGAAAAUCGUCAGGGAAGAAGUGCCCUGAGAAAGCUCAGAGAAGAAUGGAAGCAGAGGCUGGAGAAAAGGCUGAAGAUGCUGGACAACCCUGAUGACAAGGAAAAACAGGAAAACAUAGUCAACUGAGAGCUUCCCGUGUCAUCCACUAAAAAGAUAACAAGCCACCAAGGGCGCUUUUCUAGGAGAAAAAGAUAACACCCAAGUUAUUUUGACAUACUAAGCAGAACACCCUCUAUUUGCUCUCCCGUUUGUGAGGGGAUUUACAUGUGAAGCCUCUCCUCGCAGUGCUAAUGGGAGUUGUGAUCCAGCUCAAUCCUUUCUGCACAGAGGACGGGAUGACUGCAGACGGGAUAUGAAGCUCCGGUUAUUUCAUAUAAAAAGCUCCUGGAAUUAGCACUCCCCUGUUUCAAAGAUCCAUGUAGCAUAAUUCAUUUCCACGUUUUCCUCUCAUUUUUAAACCUAAAUG